GGAGCGGGCGCGUGAGCACAUCAUGGCGCCCGUGACAGAGCGAGCUUAACGGAUUAAUAAGCGCAGCCAGUGCCAGGCAUGCAGUGCAAACUCUAGAAAUAUUUUUUGCAUGAAGGAAUGAGUGAUUGAAUGCAGCAAGGGUCUGGAGGCUGAGGACCAGGCAGACAGACAUUCAGAGUUGCUGGAACGCGACAGAGACAGGGAGUCAGAUUGGUCAUGCAAGAUCCUGGGCCUGCCCUUGGGUCCUGGGGAGCCACGGAAGGUUGUGGGUGCCAGAGGGUUGUGGUCAGAGCCACAGUCAGGGGCCUUCUGAGACCUGUGCCCCCUCCCCACCCUCCCUCCCCACCUCCUCAGGCCAGCUCUGGGGUCUCGGCAGGUGGUCCGCAACAUGACCUCCGAGUUCUUCGCUGCCCAGCUCCGGGCCCAGAUCUCUGACGACACCACUCACCCGAUCUCCUACUACAAGCCCGAGUUCUACACGCCGGUUGAUGGGGGCACUGCUCACCUGUCUGUCGUCACAGAGGACGGCAGUGCUGUGUCCGCCACCAGCACCAUGAACCUCUACUUUGGCUCCAAGGUCCGCUCCCCGGUCAGCGGGAUCCUGUUCAAUGAUGAAAUGGACGACUUCAGCUCUCCCAGCAUCACCAACGAGUUUGGGGUACCCCCCUCACCUGCCAAUUUCAUCCAGCCAGGGAAGCAGCCGCUCUCGGCCAUGUGCCCGACGAUCAUGGUGGGCCAGGACGGCCAGGUCCGGAUGGUUGUGGGAGCUGCUGGGGGCACACAGAUCACCACAGCCACUGCACUGAUAUGUGUCACACCUUUUCUCCCUGGCCGUGCCCACCCUGCACAGCCCCCAAGCCAUGCUGAUCACACUCCCAUGCCCCAGGCCAUCAUCUACAACCUCUGGUUCGGCUAUGACGUGAAGCGGGCCGUGGAGGAGCCCCGGCUGCACAACCAGCUUCUGCCCAACGUCACGACAGUGGAGAGAAACAUUGACCAGGCAGUGACUGCAGCCCUGGAGACCCGGCACCAUCACACCCAGAUCGCGUCCAGCUUCAUCGCUGUGGUGCAAGCCAUCGUCCGCACGGCUGGUGGCUGGGCAGCUGCCUCGGACUCCAGGAAAGGCGGGGAGCCUGCCAGCUACUGAGUGCUCCAGGCGGACAAGGCUGACAAGCAAUCCAGGGACAAGAUACUCACUAGGACCAGGAAGGGGACUCUGGGGGACCGGCUUCCCCUGUGAGCAGCAGAGCAGCACAAUAAAUGAGGCACUGGA